CUUCGAGCGGAGCCGGGGCGAGGGCGAUGCACGGCGACAGCGGUGGCGGAGGGAGAAACUCCGGCCCCGCGCUCAGCCCGCAGAGUUUGUCUGCUCUCUGCCAUGAAUCACUGGCUCUUGCACCUUCGGCAGCCGAGUGAUUGGCAGAAAGCUAACUACAUGUAUAAAGUGUGGCAGGGAGCACUGGAAGACGGCUAGAACACAGUCAUGUCUCCAGUUUGGCAUACAAUUUCAGCUCUUGAUGUGAACAACAAGAAACUUGUAUACCUCUUGGUCAUCGCUGUAAGUGUAUGUUGCAGUGCCUCUGGGAUGUGUCCUACAGCUUGCAUCUGUGCAAGCGACAUCGUGAGCUGCACCAGCAAGAACCUUUCACGGGUGCCAUCCACACUCUUCAAGCACAUAAGAAGGCUGGAUCUCAGUCACAACCAAAUUGGGAUUUUGGACCAUGACUGGAUGCCCGUUCUACUUGACAAGCUCAACACCCUCAUUGUCAGUCAUAACAGCAUCUCUAGUAUUUCUACAGGGAGCUUUUCUCUGACUCCAAAUGUGAAGUACCUAGACUUGUCCUCCAACAACUUAAGGUCACUGGGCAGUCCUGUCUUCCAGGAACUGAAAGUGCUAGAGGCUCUUCUGCUUUAUAACAAUCACAUUGCACAGAUUGAUUCUGCUGCCUUUGGAGGGAUCCAUAAAUUGCAGAAGCUGUAUUUGAGUUACAAUUCUCUCACACACUUCCCAAUAGAAUUGUACAUUGGGAAACAUAAACUCUCAGAACUUGUGCUUUUGGACAUUUCUUACAAUCGAAUCAAGUCAAUACCCAUUAAAUACAUGAGCUUAGUGCCAGCCAGACAUCUGAGUGGAAUUUAUCUUCAUGGGAAUCCGUUUUAUUGUGACUGUACUCUUUACUCCAUGCUAAGUUUCUGGUACCUGAGGCAUUUCAGUUCAGUCGACGAUUUCAAGACUGAGUAUACGUGCGUUUUGCAGUCGGACCCGAAAGGCUCCAAUAAACUGCCUUUACUGCAUGACAACUAUUUGAAUUGCUCAGAACGCACCAUUAAUGGCUCUUUCCAUGCAUUUGGGUUUAUUCAUGAAGCCCAAAUCGGCGAGAGGCUGAUUGUGCCCUGUGACACUAAAAUAAGUGAUGCAGGUACCCAGUUCAUUUGGAUCAGCCCGGACGAUCAACAUCUAGAGCCUGACAAGGUAACUGAACACUUCAGAGUAUUUCCCAAUGGGAGUCUGGAAAUAGACGAGGCCCAGUAUGAGGAUGCUGGACUCUAUUCCUGCAUUGCAAUAAACACAAAAAGACUAUUGAACGAAACAAUCGAGGUGAGGAUCAACGUGAGCAAUUUCACUGUGGACAAGUCUCACUCACAUGAAACAUUCAACACUGCUUUCACUACCCUUGCAGCUUGUGUAGCCAGUAUUAUUUUGGUACUUCUUUACCUCUACCUGACACCGUGCCCUUGCCGGUGUAAGUCGAAGGGAAGGAAAAGGCAGCUGAGCCAAAAUAACACUCCUCAUCCAUCCAUAUUAACCUCCAGUUCACCCCUUGAACAUCCAGCUGAUGAGAAGAAAUCCAGCAGUGGCAAAAGGGUUGUGUUCCUUGAACCUGUGAAGGAGCCGAAGCCAGGACAGAAUGGGAAAGUAAGGAUGUUUCCCAGUGAGAAUGUCAUUGCUGAAGGCAUCUUAAAAACUCCUCGAACAAAAUCAGAUUCAGAUUCCAUGAAUUCUGUGUUCUCAGAUACACCGUUCAUGCCAUUGUCUUAG